AUGGCAAUAUGCGCCCGCGGAAUGUCACGAUCUCCGAAAAAUGGUCGAGCUUUCCUAAUCGAUUUCAAUUCCGCAAAGCUAUGGCCCCAUCCCAAUGCGGCCGUGCGUGAAAGGGAAGAUUUUGUUUCUUAUAUGGACGGGGAAAUAUCCGCACUCGAGCCGUGUCUAUUUCGACUCCAGAAUCUCAAAGCAAAGAGAAGGCAUACGGUCGCCGUGUUUCGAAAAUGGGCGGACUUUCAAUUCAAUGUUGCCAACGAGCCGACCCCUUCAGGAUUCGGCCUAGCUUGUACGCCCUUCAGCACAGGGUUUGCCUCCAAGGCUACUGAACCAGUGGCGGAUGGAGAGUUGCCUAGUAAGGCACACGUUAGGGAGGAAACCUUGGACGAAGGAACUCUUUCGACUCCUCCGUCUUGGGCAAGACAGUGCUGCAGAUACGAGAUUGUGAUGUGGGAACUCUCAAGGCAAUCAAAGAACAAUAAUACACUGUGA